AUGAGCGCGUCCCCCACGUCCAGAGACGGCCGGCAUGCGUCUCCAGCGCCGCGAAAGUCCUCAGGGCCCUACAAGGUCAGCCCGCUGCAGCUCCCCACGGGCGGACACCUCGCGCAGGACGAGGUACGCCGGCCGUCGAUACAGUUUCUGGCGCACAGGAAUCAGUCGCUACCCAGAGGCCAACCCAGGCCCCGUGAACGACGCCGGUUGUCGUCACCGCCGCCUCCACCCGUCUUUCAACCUCGGGUAUCUUUCGACACCUUCGACAAGCCCGCAGACUUCAUCGAGGAGAGCUCAUUCACACUCAUCGCCAAGCACAAGGACUACGAAUACACAAAGCGUUCGCGGACGUUCCUCUGUGGUUUCGACGAGAACGAGUACUCGGUAUACGCCCUACAAUGGCUCAUCAACGAGCUAGUCGACGACGGAGACGAAAUAGUAUGUCUCAGAGUAGUCGAGAAGGAGGAUGCAAUAGCAGGAGACCGCAGCGUAGAGACUGGGCGGUAUCGCGUGGAGGCUGACAACACCAUGGCCGACAUACAAAGUCGAAAUCACGACAACAAGGCGAUCAAUCUGAUAUUGGAGUUUUCCAUCGGUAAGGUUAACAAAGUUAUCGACGACAUGAUCAAUCUCUACGAACCAGCAAUUCUGGUAGUCGGGACACGAGGCAAGAGCUUGGGCGGAUUCCAGGGACUGCUUCCUGGCAGUGUGUCGAAAUACUGUCUACAACAUUCGCCAGUACCUGUCAUUGUCGUACGCCCCACAUCGAAACGCGACAAGGCGAAGAGCAAGCGCACCAACGAUCCAGACCGCCAGGGUUACAGAGAAAUUCUGGCGAAGAGUGAGAGCCUUCCUGAAUUUAACAGCCCUCGUAACAGCUUCUUCGCAAAUGAAGACGAGGCAGCAAUAGUUGGGGGAGCGGCAACCGCACCGAAACCCGCCGUAGAGGCGCAUCCUCUAGCACAAGUGGAACAAGCGCCAGACAGCAGCGAGGACGAGGAAGAAACUCGCACCACCACUGUGGUCAAUGACUUGGUCAAUGAUGAUCCACGAAGCCCUGGCCCGAUGAUGAAGAGCCCACAUCUACAGAAUCUGAGCAGCCCAGAGCUUAGUAGCCAGUCUGGUAGCGACGACGAAGAUGGCGAUGGCGGAGUCUCGACUUCGGGAACUUCGGCAGUAGAAAAAGCAUCGAUCGCAACGGGGCAGACAAGUGUUGGCGAGGGAGACGCAGGCGGUGGGAAUGCGUCAAUGUCGUACAUGGACAGUCUCACAAGUGGAGCGAAGGAGUCGAAGGAAUCGAAGGAAUCACAGGGUGCAUAG